CUAGUGAAAAACAGACAGUCGUCACCCAAGAGGAAAAUUCCUUAGACGAAGCCAGGAAUGAAGAAGUUCAGACGGAGUGAGAUUGGACUCUGGAGUGCCUCGUAAUCAUCGAUAUUUGAUCUCAAAUAUAUGACUUGCACAAGAUGUUAAGAUGACCGUCGAUAGUGGCGGUGGAGGCAUGGGCGGGGGUGGAGAGACAUUGUCAGAGUCAGAGACUCAUGAUAAGGAGCUGCGAGCACGCCUCUUACACUUCCACACAUCCUUCAGUUCUCAAGAAAGCAACCAUGCGAACGCCUCCAUAGGUGGAUGGCUGGAUCACCAGCACGACCCAGGUACGAUGGCAGAAGAUUUAGUCUCAGAUGAUCCUGAUGGUGUAGGGCUGCUCUGGCAUGAUGACCCGGACUCCGGCCAUCCCUUCACAAGGGCUGCACUGCAGGGUGAUGUUGCCACUGUCAAGGAUCACGUCGGCAGGCAGACUUUUGACCCUAAUUCAAAGAAAGCCCAGCAUGCUCUUCUGGUGGCUUGUCGCACAGGAAAUGUGGAGCUCGUUCAUGUCCUCUUAAAUGCAGGAGUCGAUGUGCACUGCAGGGACUCUAAGUCCAGCUGGCAACCAAUACACAUUGCGACUUAUCGUGACAAUGUUGCUGUGGUGGAAGCCCUUGCCAUGCACGGGGAAUGGCGGAGAGGCUUGGCCCUUGUUAGAUUCCGUGGAAUCACGUGCAGCUUGCUUCACCUGGCAGCCAAUUUUGGGUGCCUGGCAGUGCUGCGGUACCUUUUGUCACACACAGUCAGACUUGGGCUUCACAUAGAAUCUCGUGAUGCUGCUCACUGGACAGCCCUCCACCAUGCAGCCUUUGAGGGACGCAUGCAAGCAGUCACACUCCUGCUGCAGGCAGGUGCAGAUGUCAACUCAGCUGACCCCCAUGGUGUCACAUCUUUACAUGUGGCUGCGUACAGAGACCAUACCAAUGUAGUGAGGCUUCUGCUGUCUCGUGGAGCCAAUCCAAAGAUGAUUGUCAAAACUCCUACCUCUGGUGGGUCGAAACGCCGCCGGCCAAAUCGUGUCUCCCGUGAGGAGAUUAUGGAUAUUGCUGGCACAGGCAUGACAGGGCGGACAUCAUCACUUGAUACACUCUUUCGCCGUGGCCGCCAGUGGAGCCCUAUUAACACACAGGGUAGCUGGUCAGAUCUGCGCGCCACUGAGAAGACUGACACCAUCAGGGGAAACAAGUGGAAAGAGAAGACAAGGUCUAAGGUGUACUUCACAGACACCCCAGCGGAGAAGACUUCACAGCCAAACCUCAAAACAGAACGGGGUUUUGAGAGAGUGGAGCCCAUCAUCAAAUUCCAUGCUGGGUCAACACUCCUCCACUGGGCGGCCUCUAAGGGCUAUGAUGACCUGGUGGCUGAUCUUCUUGCAAGGGGUCUUGCGGUCAGUGCAUCAGACCGCCUUGGCCGCACACCCCUAGGGGUUGCCAUGUGGUCCGGUAACACCAGCAUAGUCAACACACUAAUUCAAGAAAAGGUGUCACUCACAGAGGAAGACAAAGACUGGAGUGCUAUCACACGCGAAGAGGUUGGUCUGAGUAUCGUCAAGGUGAUAGAGGAGACUGCAGUUUGCUCCCUUGAUGCCUGCCGCACUGAUGGAUUCACCUUGCUUCACCUUGCUGCACAAAAUGGCUACCCCAACAUGAUGCACCGACUCCUCUCGCUUAAGCUAUCACCAGAUGUGAAGAACAACCAGGGUGAGACCCCCCUUUUUGUGGCCAUCCGUAGCAACCAGCUGGCCUGUGUGCAGCAGCUGAUCAAUGCCGGAACGCGCCUCAGUAUAGUGGAUAACCGAGGGGGCUCUGCACUGCACAUGGCAGCCAAGAAGGGCAAUGUAACAGUGAUUGACAUGUUACUGACAACCUCAGAGCUGGAGGAGCGGGACAUAGAUAUUAACCGUUGUGAUAAUAUUGGGUAUACGCCCAUAUAUUACGCUAUCAAUGCCAGCAGGUAUGACAUAGUCCAGAGGUUCCUGGAAUACAGCUUGGUACGGAAGGUGCAUGUUAAAGCAACCAAUGGGGAGACGCUCCUGCAGUUCUACACAGAGAGGAACAACUUAGGCCAGUAUGACAAUGCAGUGGUGCGGGUGCUGGAGUGUGAGAAACUCCUUCACAGCACCAAACCCAGUGCAGAGAUGUGCCUCCAUGUGCAACUGGGAACAACUGAAGCCAGCUCCAAGGCCCGAACUCAGCUCCAGGCCAUGUAUGAGUCGACGAAGGCCCAGCGCCACUGUUGGAACUUCUGGUUCUUCCUCUCGUGCUUUCUCCUUCCUUCUGUCUUUUACUACCUAGAUGUGUACACAGACAUUCUCCUGGCAGUAGAAUACUACAAGGAGUAUGUGAGGAUCAUGAACAAUACCACUGACAUGGCUGACAAUCAGACACUGCCUGUCGGAGAGGAGUCGGAUGAGCAAGUCUUCAUGGGGAUUUUCUACAACAUCACAGAGUCACAGUACAAGAUCAACUUUGUGCUGACUCUGUUCUUCAUCCUGCUGCCUAUCACACUGCUCUCCCUGUGGAAUCUGUAUAUCCACGUGACGCAGCCAGACAUCCUGCCUGUGUUCCGCCUGCUGCCCAGCUUCCUCCGUGUCACCAUGUACUCUGUCAUCUUCCUCACCCCCCUCGCCCCUGUCAUGGCCUACUUGGAGAACACCUAUGCACAAAUGAAACACAUGAAUGUUACGGCCAGGCAGAUGCAGGAGGUGGACUCCAAGUCAUACAACAGCCUAGGAGGUCCUGGUAACACCAAGACAUACCGCCACCACAUGAGGGACCAGAAGAUUCGCAAGUACUAUGACCUGAAGCAUGUGGCUCAGAUGCGUGUAGCCAUAACUAAUGUGAUGGAGGCCACAUUGGAGUCGGCCUUCCAGCUCAUCUUGCAGUUGUACAUCGUGGGUACACGAUACACAGAGUUAGAUGAGGUGAAAGAUGUUACUCUGGGCUCCAUCCUGUCACUGUCGUCAGGUGGGCAGAAGACACAGCUGUCCAAGCAGGUAUUCUCUGUGCUCAUCUCACUGGUGUCAUUGACGUGGUCGUUCACCUCGUACCACCGUUUCUCCAAGCUGGGUGGGCUCACUAUCCUCAAUGCGCUGCCACUCCUCUUCGCCAUUUUCUUCCAGGUUGUGUCCCGAGCAAUAGCAUGCACCGUGUUCACCCUGGCGUACACGUGGAAGGUGUUUGUCGUGCUGGGGGUGCACUUCGUCAUCGUCCUUGUCUUCAAGCUUAAAUUGGAAGAGAGGUCAGUGCUCCCCGUACGGAAUUACAGGUGCUGCCACUGCCUGCUGGCCUACCUCCGCCCUUACUUCUACGUCUUCCUUGGCACCAUUGCGUCAACGCUGGUCUAUUUCCGUCUUGAGCGCCCGUCCGCCGUCAAGAAGCUUCUUGCACGCAGGCACUCCACAGUUGUCAUUCAGGUGUUGUUCCUGAUCCUAGCCUUCAUUGAGAACCUGGUUCUCCUCUCUUUGGGGAUAGUCGGCCUCAACAAGGAAAAGUAUGACUCCACCUUCAUCAUCAUCUCAUCAGUGGUGUGUGCACUCAGCUAUCUCAUCGGUGUCAUACUCCACGCUGUUUAUUAUAGCUGCUUUGGACACCCCUGGGUGGACAUCAAUGGGCCAUCUCUGACCCAUGACCGGGAUGAAGGUGUGCUGGUGCUGGCUUAUUAUCGCCAGGGGCAGAUCUCCAAAUGGUCAUUCCACUCCUGCUGCACAGUUGUCCACCACAAUGAGCUGCCCACUGACAACAUCUACCGCCAGGACUUGCAGAUCAAUGGCAAGGAUCGACAGGUCAAAGACUUAUAAUAAAUCCAUAGUUGUUGUUGCUACUGCUGCUGCUGAAGGAGGAGGAGUAGGAGGAGGAGAAGGAGAGGUUUGGAGUAUUGUUGACCUCGCCUUUUACGUGAAAAGGGAUUGAGGUUGUUUCUCCCUCCUUGUUUUUUUUUUUCUGCCUUGACACAUUAUUUUAUUUUGACUUUGCGUUUAAUUGUUUCUGUCAAAGAAGUCGCUUUUGAUAUGAGUGAGGUGGCACAGUGCAGGAGAGUUUGUUUCUGUUUCUAUCAGUUUAUUUGGUUUUGUUUGGCUUAUUGUUAUUUGUUUAAGCUUUGUGUAUUUAGUUUUAUUUUUUUUUCUUAUUUUCUUCAUAAACUAAGGCUUCAGUCUUUCAAUGAAGUGACUCAUUAAGGGUGCCUGGUGCCCCAGAUUACAGUGAAUAAUAUUUGAAUGACUGUAGAAGAAAACUUGGAUGCUCAUUUACCUCUGUUGGCAACAGUUUAGCAUAAGUAGUCUUUUCGAAGUAGACAGUACUUACUUCAGUGUAAAGCUAAACAUGGCGGCUUCCCCCUCACAAAUAAAAAGCAUAGCAGAAACAGUUGAAUGGAGGUCAUGCCAGUGGCUGUAAGUCGUCUAGUCAUUUGAAAAAAGAGGUGUUAUUUGCAUAUUAGUUUCUGGGUGUGUGAAGAGAGAGAAAUAUUUUUUUUAA